UUUUGAAAGGUGAACCGGAAAUUACGCGAGUCUCCGCGACGUCUUGUACUGAGAAGGAGAAGACGAAAUAGGAGAAAAAAGAACACGAAAUAGAAGAAGGAGAACUAGAGGAAUAGAUUAAGGAGAAGAAGAAAAGGGAGGAGGAGGAGAAGAAGAAGAAGGAGAAGAAGAAGGAGAACCACUCUGGGGGUUUGUUCGGUUUCUCAAAGUAACUCAACCUCCAGUCAAAGGAUCAGACUCCGCCAGGUGUGUUCGGCCCCGCCCCUUCAGUGAUGGAUCAAAGCAGCGGGGCAGGAAGUCCCAGCGCUGCCUCGUCUGACUCACUUCCUGCCCCCCACCACCAGGGGACCGGACCAGACCAGACCUCAGGGCCUAGAGGGGACCAGAGACCUGAAGGUUCAGCUUCAGAUCCAGACCCAGCAGGAGCAGAAAGCCUCUCCCCACAUGAACUAGAACCUCCUGUUCCAGACCAGAGGACACCAGGACACCCCAGAGAGGAACCAGACGAGUCCCAGGACCCCCCCAACAUGAGCCAGGAAACUCUUCCUCAGAACCAGCAGAGCAACCAGGGUCCAGAGAAACUCCCUACACCCACAUCUGGAGCCCCCCAAGAUCCUGACCGGAACUCACAGGAGGCCCCUCCCCCUUCCCACCUCAAUGACCUGUGCUCUCCACCCUUAGCGUCACACCUGGCUCCGCUAGCUCCGCCCCUCACCAUUGAGUCGUUCUGUGACCCGGUUGGUGACCCCCCUAACCCGGCGGACUGUUCUUCAGGAGACCCCAAACUCUGUGGUUUCCUGCAGAAGCAGGGGGGCCCUCUGAGGGCCUGGAAGCAGCGCUGGUUCACCUACGAGGAGAAGAACCACCAGCUGUUCUACUACCGAACGCCACAGGAUGUGACGCCACUCGGCCGCGUGGAGCUCAGCGGCGCCACCCUCUCCUACCCCCUGAAGGCUGAGAAGGGCACGUUCCACAUCAAGACACCUGAACGCACCUUCAUACUCAAGGCCGUGACCCAGGAGUUGAUGCUCUAUUGGCUCCAACAGCUGCAGGUGAAGCGCUGGCAGCACCGACAGACGUCCAGCUGUUCAGACCAACAACAGACCAACAACAACAACAACACCACAGACGACUUCCUGCCGGUGCUGCAGAGCCCUCUGGGUCUGGUCGGCGAGGAGGCGGCGGCUAACGCAUCGUCCCAACGGACGCCGCUCACCAACAUGUCCAUCAAACACCCGCUCAUCGAGAUCCAGAACUCUGUCCACAGUCUCCUCAAGAGAUCGUCUCAGGACUGGAGCCACAGCAACUUUCAUGUUGAAGCUCCACCAUGGAUUCCUCCGACCUCUGGAGACACCUCCACCUCCACCUCCACCUCCUCCUCCUCCUCCCUCAGGACUCCGCCCCCUCCCCUCCCAUUGGCUGAUCCAGCGGGUCAGGUGUCUCCAGCUGAAGGCAGAGCGUCUCCGUCCCUGUUUGAGACUCUCAGUAGGAAGACAAAGGCUCGCAGCUCGUCCACCCUACCUGUCCUCCACAGAGACGUAGCGUCCUCGUCCUCGUCCUCAGACCGGUCGUCCCGUCUACAGCAGGAGAAACAGAUGCUGAUGGAGGAGGUCAAGACUCAGAAGGAGCUGGUCUGGAUCCUCCACAAAGCCCUGGAGGCGGCUCAGCUGGAGAAGAGGACCUGUGCUGAGUUUCUGGCUGAGAAGGACGAGCAGGAGCGUCUGGAGCUGCUGCGACAUCGCGAGCGUCAGGCGGCCGACCUGAGGCGGCAGCUGGAGGACGCCAAGAUGGAGGCGGAGGAGGCGAAGAACAGUCUGGCUCAGAGGGACGUUCAGCUGGCCCAGCUACAGGACAAGGUCUGGAUCCUGACAGAGAAGAACAACGCCAAGAAGGAGGUGAUCCUGAAGCUGUCUGAUCAGGUGACUUCUUGUCUGUCCCACCACCGGUGCUCAGGCUUGUCCUCUGAUGGACGUCUGGACUCAUCCUCUGGGGGACGUCUGGACUCUCAGACCUCCAACCAGCUUCAGCAGGAGCUGGAGAACCUGAAGGACGACAUCGAGGCCUACAAGACCCAGAACAAGUUCCUGAACUCUGAGAUCUACCAGCUGACCAAACUGUGGAGGAAGAGCUCGGAGCAGGAGAAGAGCCUCAUGGUGAAGUGUUCCUACCUGGAGGCUGCUAACUGUCAGGUGGAGAGCCGUUACCUGGGCGUCCUACGGAAACUGCAGGAGACCAAAUCUCUGGAUCCGGUCCAGCGGCAGGCCGUGCAGAAGAUGAUCGAGGACGCUCUGAGAGGACAGCUGAAGAGCCUCAGACUCAACGUGGACAGGGACCAUGACGAGUACGGCUUUAAGAUCGUCCCGGACUACGAGGUGGAGGACAUGAAGCUGCUGGCAAAGAUCCAGGCCCUGGAGAUCCGAUCCCACAACCUGCUGCACCAGGAGGGUCUGGAGCGCCCCCUGCUGGCCCGCUGGGCUCAGUACCUGGCCGGCAGGUCUGACCAGGACCUCUGUCCCUCCCCAGAGCUCAAAGUUCUGGUGCGUGGUGGCGUCCCUCAGGAAUAUCGAGCCAGAAUGUGGCGCUGGCUGAUCCGGACCAGAACCAGGGCCAUACGAGAACGCCACCCCAAGCGCUACCAGCAGCUAUGUGAGAAGAGUCGGACGUCUCCUCAUCCAGCCAGCAGACAGAUCCAGCUGGACCUACAUCGCACGCUGACGACCAAUCAGCACUUCUCCUCCCCAUCUAGUCCCGCCCUCCUGCAGCUGAGACGUGUCCUGCUGGCGUUUUCCUGGCAGAAUCCGACUAUUGGCUACUGCCAGGGACUGAACAGGCUGGCGGCCAUCGCUCUACUGGUUCUCCAGAAUGAAGAGGACGCUUUCUGGUGUCUGGUGGCCGUGGUGGAAGCCAUCAUGCCUCAGGACUACUACACCAAAAACCUCCUGGCGUCUCAGACGGACCAGAGGGUCCUGAAGGACUUCCUGGCUGAAAAGCUGCCCCGCUUGGCGUCCCACUUUGAGGAUCAUAGCAUUGACGUGUCCCUUGUCACCUUCAACUGGUUCCUGGUGGUUUUCGUGGAGAGUCUGCCCAGCGACAUCCUGCUGCCGCUGUGGGACGCCUUCCUGUACGAGGGCACCAAGGUGAUGUUCAGGUACGCGCUGGCUCUGUUCAAAUACAAAGAGGAUGAGCUCCUGAAGAUCCAGGACAGUGUGGAGAUCUACCAGUACCUGCGCUUCUUCACCAAGACCAUCACCAACGUUAGGAAGCUCAUCACCAUCGCCUUCGUUGACAUGAACCCGUUCCCCCGGCGCCUCCUCAGGAACCGGCGAGCGCUUCACCUGGACGCCCUGCAGGGGGAGCUCCGCCUUCUGGAGGAGCAGCAGAAGGAGUUCCUGAUGGAGAGCGCAGAGCGAAAAGACCAGGACGUGGACACGCUGGCAGCAAGCGAAGAUGACGAGCUCUGAGCUGCUAAUGUUAGCAUGUAGCCAGCUGGUUACCAUAUAGCCAGCUAGCAUCUAGCCAAGUGGUUAGCAUGUAGCCAGCUAUCAUGUGGCCAGCUGGUUAGCAUGUUAGCAGUAUUUACACACUGAGCCUGUAGGACACGUUUUCUCUGGACGAGUGAAUGAGUGAAUCAGUAUUAACAAGUGAAUUUAUGUGAAUGACUGAAUCAAUAUGAACGCGUGAAUUUAUAUGAACCCUGACCCUGUUUACCUGCUCCAGGUGUGAAUAAUGAGACCAUUGAUUCAUUCAUUAAAAUCACAUUCCAAGGACAUUUGUUUGUUUUAGAUUUAUUUAUAUACGUGACAGAUACGUUCUGAUCGAUUCCUUGGUGACAUUUAACUGAUUGUAACUAUAACUAAUUAAUAAAUGAUCGAUCAAUGUCUG